AUGCCAAAGUUACCUGAAAAGAUCAAUUCCAAAAUAUCUAAGAUUAGAAGAUUAGUAUUAUUAUUAGAUCAAGUGAAUUUGUAUCAUUUGGUGCCCGAAUUAUGUAUCGAACGAUACAGACUGUCCCUACUGUCCAGCGGGUAUGGAGUGCGAUCCAGCGACGUAUACUUGCGUGAAAGGUUCGUACAAGAUCCACCGCCUCAUUUCGAUCUUCCGCCAUUUUCAUCUCAUUUUACAGCGUUCAUUUCUUCCUCGGGUUGCACUAGCCACAAAGAUUGUCCGCUGACAGAGGCGUGCAUUGACGGCACCUGUCAGGAACCGUGUCUCGUUCGGAACCCUUGCGUGAAAAACGCGAUCUGCGUUAACACCGAUCACCGUGCUGACUGUAGCUGCGAGGAAGGUUUCCACGGAAAUGGAUUCUCUUACUGCGAACCUGAAGGUAGGAACGUGUGUCAGUACAACGAGGACUGUACGCCGUCCAAAUACUGCGACCGCCUGAACCGGAAGUGCAUCGACCCUUGCCUGGAAACCGAUUGCGGUGCGAACGCGAACUGUUAUCCAGAGAACCAUCAAGCACAAUGCAAGUGCUUGCCUGGAUUCCAAGGAAAUCCUCACGUUGGCUGCACACAAUCCACCACAGAUCCGUGCGUUCCAAACCCCUGCGGUUUGGAUGCGAUGUGCGAGAACGAUAAUGGCAAUCCGAUAUGCUUCUGCCCCAAGGGGUUGACUGGAAAUCCGUUCGAGCAGUGCAUCCCAGAAGGUGAUCAAUGUCGAGAGAAUCUUUGCGGCGUCAAUUCUGGCUGCCGCGUGGUGUCAGGACAAGUGAGAUGCUUCUGUCUGCCAGGAUACGAAGGGAGCCCUCCUGCAACCCCUUGCUCGCUUCCGAGCAACCCCUGCGAGCCUUCUCCUUGCGGACCUAAUACUCAAUGUGCUGUACUGAACAACGGCCUCUCGAAGUGCACCUGCUUGCCAGGGUACAUCGAGAGUCCCAACACGAUCAGGGGAUGUGUGCCCAAGUCUGAUCAGUGUACUCCGAGUCCUUGUGGACUUGGAGCUACGUGCGACUCGAAGAGAGUACCUCCUUGCUACUGCCCAGAGAACACCUUUGGAAAUCCUUAUCAGAGCUGUGCAGCACCCCCGGAUAACGUAUAUGAACCUUGCUUAUUGGUUCCUUGCGGAAAGAAUGCGAUCUGCGUGGAAGAACAAGGUGUUCCAAAGUGCAAGUGUGUACCACCGUUCAUUGGUAACCCGUACAUGGAUGGAUGCGAAGCGGAAUGCAUCGUGAACCAGGACUGCGACAAUCACCUGGCAUGCUUCAAUCAGCAUUGCAGGGAUCCUUGUCCAGGUGUCUGUGGCUCGAACGCGAAAUGCGAAGUAGCUGAGCACGUUCCCGUUUGUUCCUGCCUACCUGGCUACACUGGAGAUCCAUUUGGCUCCUGCAAAGUCGAAAAGCCUCCUCUUCCACCCCAGAAUCCCUGCAUGCCAUCACCUUGCGGACCACACAGUAUCUGUCGCGUGAUGAACGACCGUGCAGUUUGCUCGUGCAGUCCAGGAUACCACGGAUCACCGCCAUCUUGUCGUCCUGAAUGUCUAGUCAGUUCGGAGUGUCCUGCACACUUGGCCUGUAUCAGUCAGAAAUGCGGAGAUCCUUGUCCAGGUCUUUGUGGACAGAAUGCUUUGUGCCAGGUCAUCAAUCACAAUCCUAUUUGCAGCUGUCCUCGAGAUUACCUCGGUGAUCCUUUCACGCAAUGCGUUAAAGAAGAUAUACCACUGCCAGGACCAAAGAAUCCUUGUUUCCCAUCACCGUGUGGCCCGAACGCAGAGUGUCGCGUGCAGGAGGAUCAUCCUGUCUGCACCUGCAUCAGUGGAAUGUUCGGGGCACCACCAAAUUGCAGACCUGAAUGUCUGAUUCAUCAAGACUGCCCAAAUUACCUCGCUUGUGUUCAGAAGAAAUGCGUGGAUCCUUGUGCUGGUUCUUGUGGGUUUAACACAAAUUGUACCGUACACAAUCAUCGUCCUAUGUGCCAAUGCUACGAGAGUUACGAAGGGGAUCCAUUCUCUGGAUGCAGCAAAGUUACCUUCCCAGUGGCACUGCCAUGUGAUCCAUCUCCAUGUGGUGCCAAUGCGAUUUGCAAAGAGCGAAAUGGAGCUGGUUCGUGUACCUGUUUACCCGAUUACACUGGAGAUCCCUACGAAGGAUGUAGACCAGAAUGUGUUCAGAAUUCGGAUUGUGUUCAUACGAAAGCUUGUAUAAAUAACAAAUGCAAGGAUCCGUGCGUGGGUGCUUGCGGUAUAAAUGCUCAAUGUCAAGUAAUCAAUCAUCAACCAUCAUGCAGCUGCCUCUCGAGUUAUACCGGGGAUCCGCUAAAAUCUUGCCAUAUAUCUCCUGUGACACCAGUUCAAGGCGACCCGUGCCAACAGUCUCCUUGUGGACCGUACAGCAAUUGUCGCGUGAUUGACAAUCACGCAGUGUGUUCCUGUCAACCAGACUAUGUCGGCAGUCCUCCUCAGUGUAAACCUGAGUGCGUGGUUAGUACAGAUUGCACUCAGAACACGGCUUGCAUUGGUCAGAAGUGCAGAGAUCCAUGUCCAGGCAAUUGUGGUCAGAAUGCUGACUGCCAGGUUAUCAAUCACAACCCUGUGUGCAGUUGCAUGUCUGGAUAUACCGGAGAUCCGUUCUUCGGAUGUGUGAAAGAACAAGAAAAAAUACCUGGUCAAGAACCAAGUGGAAAUCCGUGUAUUCCAUCUCCAUGCGGAGCAAACUCUCAGUGUCGCGUAAUAGACGGUUUCCCAGCAUGCUCCUGUCUGCCAAAUUACGUUGGCAGAGCUCCGAAUUGUCGCCCGGAGUGCGUUAUAAACGAAGGAUGUCCUGGAAAUCUUUUUGCAUUUGUAAUACCGGGUAUACCGGAAACCCAUUCACCGAAUGCGUGCCAAUAUUGGAAGAACCCACCACUACCGAACAACCCCGCACACCGUGCAACCCAUCCCCAUGCGGAGCGAAUGCGAUUUGCAACGAACGAAACGGUGUUGGGUCCUGCACUUGCCUCGCGGAAUACGUCGGUGAUCCAUACACAGGGUGCAGACCGGAAUGUGUGACGAAUACCGACUGCGAUCGCAGCAAGGCUUGUUUGAACAACAAGUGCGUGAAUCCUUGCCCUGGCACUUGCGGUCAAGAAGCAACUUGUCGUGUGAUCAAUCACGCUCCAUCCUGCUCAUGCUUGCCAGGCUUCACCGGAGAUCCGUUCAACGCAUGCACGGCAAUAGAAGUGACCCCUGAACCUUUACCGAUCAAUCCUUGUAAACCAUCGCCUUGU